AUGUCGGGGAAGGUUAUAUUUAAGAAGAUGUAUGCAGCUCUUGAGAGGAAUGUUGCUGCGAGCCACGAGACUCACAUGAGGGAAAUUUUGAAAAAACAGGAUGCACUGGUACAAUACAAGCGUAUGCAAUACGUAAACGCUGGUAAACAACUCAGUAAAGAAGAAGAUGAGGCACUUGUGGAAGAAGUGAAGAAAACAUUUGCUUCUCAGAUGCCCAAGCUUGACAUUGGAUUACUCAAGUACUUAGAUAAGGAACAGCACCAUCCUGUUGAGGAAGAACAUUUACGAAACUUGGCUACCUUCCUUGACUCCCAAAGAGAAUAUGUUGAGCUUCUCGAACGUUACAACCCUGGAAUCAGCAUGAAGCAGACUGACAAAGUCAGGAAAACUGCUAGACGUGUGGGUCUGGAUGUUCCAGAGUGA